CUCUCUCCGUAGACUUGACUUGGUAACCAAGUUCCUUAAAAAAAGACUUUGGUAUCAAAGUCACCGAACCGCUUCAUUCUCUCUAGAGCUGGUGUUUGUGAGUGAGGAGAAGCUAGCUGCAUGGAGCUGCUAAGAUCAUUGAAGAAGGAGGACAUAUUGGAGGUUCUCUCUAAUGGCUUCUGUAACCACUGUGAGGAUCUUGUGCAUGAUCGAAUCAGAAGCCUUCAUAAAAGGAAGCUGAAUGAAAAUUCAUCUGAUGAUGAAAUUGAAUCUAUUAGAGAUGCAGUUGACUUGCCUGUGAAUGGAAAUGCUUCAAAAUCUGAAUCUGUGACUAGAAGGCUUGGAGAACAAAGGGAUAGUCCAAGGAACUCUUUGAUAAAACAUGAUUCCGUUCUCUCGAUGAGGAAUGAUAGACAAAAUUUUGAUUCUCCACUUAAAUAUUUGGGGGACUGCAAGCAAUCUGAUUCCGAAUUGUUGUUAAAUGAUGCGAUUUCUGGAGUUUCUUCAUUGGAAAACAGGGUAUCAGAAGAACAAAGGGAGCGUAUCAGGUACUCUCAAGUUCACAGUAAAAAGGACUUUACCUGCUUUGAAAGGAUAAAUGGGAGAGAUGUAAAUGUGCUCCAAGGACUUGAACUUCACACCGGCGUUUUCAGUGCUUUGGAGCAGAACAAAAUUGUAGAGCAUAUAUACAGAUUGCAAUGGAGGGCAAAACAAGGGAAACUUAGAGAUCGAACAUAUUCGGAACCAAGAAGGUGGAUGCGUGGUAAAGGACGCGUGACAAUACAAUUUGGCUGCUGUUACAAUUAUGCAGUGGACAAGAAUGGAAACCCUCCUGGCAUAGUUAGAGAUGAAGAGGUUGAUCCAUUACCACCUGUAUUCAAACAAAUGAUCAAGAGGAUGGUUAAGUGGAACAUUGUUCCUUCCACUUGCAUUCCUGAUAGUUGCAUUGUGAACAUAUAUGAUGUAGGGGACUGCAUUCCUCCUCACAUUGACCACCACGAUUUUGUGAGGCCAUUUUAUACCGUGUCAUUCUUGAAUGAGUGUCAAAUAUUAUUUGGUACAAACUUGCAAGUUGUUUGUCCUGGCGAGUUUUCGGGGCCCGCUUCCCUUUCUUUGCCUGUAGGGUCAGUGUUCAUUUUGAGUGGCAAUGGAGCUGAUGUUGCUAAACAUUGUAUUCCAUCUGUGACAUCAAAAAGGAUUUCUAUUACCUUUAGAAAGAUGGAUGAGAGCAAGUUACCAUAUAAAUUUUCACAGGAUCCUGAGCUAGUUGGGAUCAAGCCACUUCUCAUUUCUCCACUAAACAAAGCAGCCACUCAGCAUGCUGAAGUUGGGAACUUAGAAACCCAACAACAGAAGGCUCACAGUGUUCAAUCCGAAUCUGAUACACCUCGGAAGACUAGAAAGGAAAUGUUUCAUGUGGAAAAUGAAUUUCCUCCUCUCAAUAGUAGCUUUAGAAAAUCGAAGGUCAACAAAUUUGGAAGCAGGGCCAGGCAUUAAGCUCAGUGUACUUGCUUUUCAUAUUCUUUUAGUAGUUGUGGUUCACUUUUCAUAAAAUUUCAAUAUUGUAUUUGUAAGAAGCUGAUAAUGAAUAUCAAUACUACUUGCUAGUGAGUCAAUCAGUGACAGUUAACUUCUGAUGAAUUGUAGUUUGCAUUGUGUUAAGAGUACAAGUUUGUAAAAUUUUCAACUAGUUAAUAAUACUGCUACCUUGUUAUGAAAAUAUGAAAUAGAUUGGUGGAUUGAAUUAACAA